AUGGUUCCUGAUCCGAAUCAAUACCCAGACAACGAGCGGAAGAUCAACGAAGAGCCUCAAAACGAAAAUGAUUUGGAGGAAGCUCGACAACGGGAAAGAAACCUUCGUAACGAGCAUUUUCGGAGACACCUUCAAACUGGAGCUGCGUAUACUGAAGUUCUCGAUGCGACAACGAAUGUGCUCACUAGAACUCUCGAGGAAGCGAAAACACGUCCGCUCACUGAGGCAAAACUUCAGAAAUAA